GUACGUGUGCGACCUGUUUAUUUAUCAAUACCGAUAAAACAUCGCAAAAAAACACUAUGAACAGUUUAAUUAGAUCCACAGCUAGGUGUAUGCGGUCCGGCGCGGCCGCGUGCUUACUCAGGCCAGCUGACGGACUUGUGCGAGCGGCCUCGGCCCGGUUCUUGUGCGCGGCGGCGGACCUCCAGAAGGACCUUGGUGAGAUGGUGAAGAAGGACAAGGUGGUGGUGUUUAUGAAGGGGACCCCGGCACAGCCCAUGUGUGGCUUCAGCAACGCCGUGGUCCAGAUCCUCCGGAUGCAUGGGGUGGACCAAUACGCUUCCUACAACGUUCUGGAAGACCAGGAGCUCAGAGAAGGAGUCAAAGUGUUCUCCAACUGGCCCACCAUCCCUCAGGUCUACUUCAACGGCGAGUUCGUGGGAGGCUGCGACAUCCUGCUCCAGAUGCACCAGAACGGCGACCUGGUGGACGAGCUGAAGAAGCUCGGCAUCCGCUCGGCUCUGCUGGACGCCGAGAAGGAAUCCAAGUAGGAAAGAAAAAGAGAAAAAAGGAGAGAGAGCGUAACAAACAUCAAAGGAAUGAGAAGACAGAAAACGCAUUCAUCAGGUUCACACUUCCUCCUGAUCUCUGGCUACACUUCCAAUGAUUAGAGAUGAAUCAGCUAUCCAGGUAGAUUGAAUACAUUAUGCAGCCUGUUUACUGCUAAUAAAAACGACGGCGUGUUAGGGUGAUUGUAGAUAAAAGCUGAGAAAGAAAGCUCAUUCUGAGACUGAUCUCGGACAUUUUCUAGGAAAAAAACUCAGAAAAUUGCAGCUUUUCUAGAUUAACCUUUGAUUUUCUGAAAAACCUCAGAAAUUCCGAGAUCAAUCUCACAAGUUGUCUUAAAA